GCGUGGUGGCUCUGUGGCUCCACACUCUCAGGAACAUGGCCCAGGUGGUGCAGUUGAGCGGAGAGGAAGGAGCCGACAGCCGAGAGAACAAACGCAGAGGAAACAUGGUUUAACAGACGAGCUGCAGCACAAACCAGCAGAACUCACCAUGCCAGCUAACUCCACCUCCACCCCUGUCCUCACCCCCUCCUCCGUCCUCCCCCACUCCCCCACCCCUCUCCUCUCCAACUCCAGCUUCACUAACUCCACCUCCAGCCCCCCCGACCCCGCCGUCGGCUUCAUCAACGACCUACUCGACAAGAUCCCCUUGCCCCGGUGGGCCGUGUACGCCAUCUUUGCGGCGGGCGGCCUGCUGCUGCUGCUCUGCUGCCUCUGCAUCUGCAUCAAGUGCUGCUGCAAAGGCAAGAAGAAGAAGAAGAAGCAGAGGAACGAGCAGGUCAGCCUGAAGGGGCUGAACGGAAACACCAAGGCAGCACUGGUGCAGCCCGACGUGGAGGACGUGGACUACGGCUCGGCCAAAGAGCAGAGAGGACGGCUGCUGUUCUCGCUGGAGUACCGAGCCGCUCAGUCUGAGCUGGCGGUGGGGAUCAAACAGGCGGCCGGCCUCAGAGCCAUGGACCUGGGAGGAAGCUCGGACCCGUACGUCAAAGUCUACAUCUGCCCCGACAAAACCAAGACCUGCGAGACCAAAGUGUUCAGACACACCCUGGACCCCGUCUUCAACGAGCUCUUCACCUUCCAGAUGUCCAAGUCGUCCCUCGGUCAGUCCACGGUGGUCAUGCAGGUCUUUGACUUCAACAGAUUCACCAAACACGACCUGAUCGGCGAGCUGCGGGUGCAGCUCAGCACCGUCGACUGGAACCACGUCAUCGAGGAGUGGCGGGACCUGGGCGAGCCCGCCAAGUUCGAGGAGGAGAAUCUGGGGGAAAUCUGCUUUACUCUGCGUUACGUGCCGACUGCCAGCAAGCUGACCGUGGUGAUCCUGGAGGCCAAGAACCUGAAGAGCAUGGACCCUGGAGGAUCAUCAGAUCCCUACGUGAAGGUGCAGCUGGCCUUGGACAAGAGGAAGUGGAAGAAGAAGAAGACGUCGGUCAAAAAGAAAACUCUGAAUCCUUACUACAACGAGUCCUUCACCUUCGAUGUGUCGUUUGAUCAAAUCCAGCGGGUGAACCUGGUGAUCUCCGUGUGGGACCACGACGCCAUGACCAGGAACGACGCCAUGGGGAAGAUCUUCCUGGGCUGCGACGCCUCGGGGAACCAGCUGCGGCACUGGGCCGACAUGCUGGCCAACCCGCGGCGGCCCGUCGCCCAGUGGCACAACCUGCUGUCGGCCGAGCAGGUCAACUCCACCCUGACCCUGAAAAACAAGGUGCCCUUCGUGCCCAAAACCCUCCUGGAGAAACCGGGCAGCCUGCUGAGGUCCUGAGCUGCCGGCGGAGACGACGCCCAGGAGCUCCGGCGGUUCUUCAAAACAUUUCAAAUCGUUUUUACAGCGUCUUUGCUGCUGCGUGUAACGUUUUUAUGGCAUUUUACAUUUGGGACAGAAUCUACUGAAUCUCUCUGACAACAGACUUUAUUAUUUUAUAUUUAAGAUGAAAGAUUGGCACUUGUAUAUUGAUGAAAAACUGUAAAGAGGCCUGUUAUAUUUUACUAGCAAA